AGCUGGGAGCUAAAGUUUGACGGCGCUACUUUCACUUUCAGGCAGCCGCGUCUCCGGAACGAGCUUCCUGGGAAGCGGAACCAGACGCCGCCGUGCUCGCGUCGCCCUCGUCGUGUUCACGUUGAACGCUCCUCGGCGCCGACGCAUUCACGUGUAGCCGUUGGCGUGUCGUAGAUUGCGGCUGUUAAAGCGCGCGCGGGUCGCGUCCGUUCACCAGCUCCGGGCAGCAUGGACGGCGGCGGCGGGAGCGAGGAGAAGGGAGCCGAGAAACUCAUGGACGACUACCUGAAGACGCUGGGCCUGCAUCGCAAGAGGAUCGCCAAGGACGGCUCGUGCCUGUUCAGGGCGGUCGCCGAGCAGGUGCUGCACUGCCAGAGCCUCCACACCGAGGUGCGGGCCCAGUGCGUGGCGUUCCUGAAGGAGAACCGAGGCAGCUACGAGGCGUUCAUUGAAGGAGACUUUGAGGACUACGUCUUCAAGCUGCAGGACCCGCAGCAAUGGGUCGGCGAGGUGGAGAUCAACGCGCUGGCCGUCAUGUACAAGAGAGACUUCCUGAUCUUCCAGGAACCUGGAAAACCUGCCGUCCACAUCACAGACAACCACUUCCGGGACAAGGUGCGGCUGUGCUUCCUGAACGGGAAUCACUACGACAGCGUUUACUCCGUCGGCUUCAUCAGAGGCGCUGCCCUGUGCCAGUCCAUCUUGUACGAGCUGCUGUACGACGGCGUGUUCCAGGCGGAGCGCGGCUCUCUGGGCGCGUGCCAGCGGCCCGGCCGGCCCACCGACCUCCUGAGCGACGACGCCAUGAACGCCUGCGUCAGCAGCGACGACUCGGACCCCGAGGCCGCCGAGCCGCCGUGGACAGAAAACGUCACAAACACAACGAGACAAAACAACCAGAGGGGUCGUGGCCGUGGCCGUCUCCCUGAGAGAGUGAGGCGUUCACUGAACCCGACUCUGUUCAGGAACGUGGAGUACGACGUCUGGCACAAAUCCAAGAGAGCCCAACAGAAGUUGGAUUACUGCAUCGCAGCCGGGAUGCACUUCACCGUGGGGGACCGCUGCCAGGUUCGUCUGGAGGCAGGUGGGCGGAGCUACAGCGCCACCAUUAAGGAGGUUACCCCUAACAACGGCCCGGUGACCGUCUACUUGGAGGAAAUGGGAAAUAGGAAUAUGUCCUGCAGACAGGUCCCCCUGUGGAGCCUCCGGCCCCCCAACAACGAGAACAGCUGGAGCACCGUGGUGAACCGGGACAAGAGGCUGAGCAACGGGCAUGGAGAGUGGGAGGAGCGAGGCAAAGGGAGAGGCAGGGGGAAGAACCUCGCAGCAGCUUCAUCACCUUCGUCCUCCCCCGUUACCAUGGCGACGGCCCCGGGCGCCACUGGGCGUGUGCAGAAGCAGCACUCGUGGCCCCCGCAGGCCACUGUGGAGGAGCAGGGCGGAGCCAAGACAGUCAGGAAGUCUCUGAGCUCCGUGGAUUCCUCCGUCCUGAUGGAGAAGCAGCGCUCGGCCAAAGAGGAGAAGCACCUGGAGGAGAUCAAGCUGUGGGACGAGAACAGCUUCCCCGCCCUCGGCACUCGUGAUGGAGGGAGGAGGAGAGGAGGAGGAGGAGGAGGAGACAAGAGAACCAAGACGAAAAGUCCAGUCGAUGACGUCGAGGCUCCGGGAGAAAGACCCAGAUCCUCCUCCCCCCCUCCUCCUUCGAGUGCUCCUGCCCCCCUAAGCUCCUCUCUCCCUUCUCCCCCUAGCCCCGCCCCCUUAAGCUCCUCCCUCCCUAGCUCUGCCCCCCUAAGCUCCUCCCUCCCUGCUCCCACUAGCUCUGCCCCCCUAAGCUCCUCCCUCCCUUCUCCCCCUAGCCCCGCCCCCUUAAGCUCCUCCCUCCCUAGCUCUGCCCCCCUUAGCUCCUCCCUCUCUGUUCCCCUUAGCUCCUCCCUCCCUGUGUCCGCCUCCCCUCCUGCAUCCUCGCCACUGCCGCCUCCCACUUUCAUCGCCCCUAUUGCUCCGUUCUCUGGCCGUGGGGGUCUCUCUGAGUUGCUCUCAGUCCUCCUUGAACCAGAACCAGGUCUCCCAGACCCGAACCCGGGUCUUGCUAACUCAAGAGGAGAUCCGGAUGCAGGGCGACGCCCACCACCCCCAGUCCCAGGUCCAGGUCCAGGUCCCCCAGUCCCAGGUCCAGGUCUCCCACCCCCAGUCCCAGGUCCAGGUCCCCCACCCCCAGUCCCAGGUCCAGGUCCCCCACCCCCAGUCUCAGGUCCAGGUCUCCCACCCCCAGGUCCAGGUCUCCCACCCCCAGUCUCAGGUCCAGGUCUCCCACCCCCAGUCUCAGGUCCAGGUCUCCCACCCCCAGUCUCAGGUCCAGGUCCCCCAGUCCCAGGUCCAGGUCCAGGUCCCCCAGUCCCAGGUCCAGGUCCCCCAGUCCCAGGUCCAGGUCCCCCACCCCCAGUCUCAGGUCCAGGUCCCCCACCCCCACCCCCAGUCUCAGGUCCAGGUCUCCCACCCCCAGUCCCAGGUCCAGGUCCAGUACUUCUCCCAGGCUCCGGGUCCCCAUCCUCACCUCCAGCCUCCUCAGCCCUCCCAGGUGCCCCACCCCUCCCGCUCCCUCCAACCCCCCAAGGCUCAGAAUCCAACAGAGGCCUCCCCCGAGUCCACGGGCCAUACCCCCCCCCCCACCACCACCACCAGCCUGCACCGCCCCCCCACCACCAGCAGGGCGCCCCGCCCCCCCACCAGUCCAUCCCGGGCGCGGUGCCCCUGCAGCAGCUGUUCCAGGACCCCCUGUACCCCGGGUUCCCUCGGGGGGAGCUGGGCGACAUCCCCCCCACCCCCCUCUUCUCCUCCAGCUCAUCGGGGGACGACCUGCCGCAAGAUCUCAACAUAUUAAAGUUUUUCUUCAACUUGGGCAUCAAGGCCUACUCCAUGCCCAUGUGCCCCUACAUAUACCUCCUCCCCCUCCAGCAGGCCCACAACAUGCACCCCCAAGCCCCCUCCCCCCACUACCACAUGCCCCCCUCCUGGCAGCAGGAGGUGUACCCGCCGCAGUACGAGCAACAAGCCCCGCCCCCUGAGCCCCCCCAACCCGGCGACGCCCCCUUCGGCCAGGCCGGGUACCCCUUCGCCCAGCUGCCCCCCCGCAGGAUGGCCUCGCCCUCGUUGUCCUGGCAACAGAACCAGAUGGCCCCUCCCAGAGGGUACCGGGCGUCGCCCCCCUUGUCCCAGGGCCACGCCCCCUUCCCCCCCGAGGAGCUGCAGGGGGGCCGGGGGCCUCCGGAGGGGCCCGCCUCUGCUAACCUGGCUAACGCUAACAGAAGUGCCGCGGUUCCUGGUUUCGCCCUGAAGAAAGAGAUGGGGGACGGCCGAGCCGUGCUGCUGGUGGACCCGCCCCUCAGCAGAGCCCUGAUGACGCUGGUUCCGAACCCUGAUGUUGUCGGCGACGUCUCCAUGGCGACCAGAAGCUCCCCGUUGCCGGGCGACGGCCACCCCUCCCGCAGCUACCGGAGGGGCUACGGCCAGCUGGGGGCCCCGGGGCCCAUGAGGGGGGGCCACAUGGGGGCCGAGUCCCUGCUAGGGGCCCCGGGGCCCUUGAGGGGGGGCCACAUGGGGGCCGAGUCCCUGUCGGUGGGCUGCAGCACGGAGGACGACUGGGGGGCGGGACCCCGACCAACGAGCCUGAACCCCAGGGGGCCGAGGAGGUACCCCAGGGGGCCCCGGGGGAGGGGCCCCCGGAGGAGACACGCAGGCGACCCAGGGCCGGACUUAAAUUACAUCGAGUACAACCCCUCCCCCAGGGGGAGGGGCCGGGAGAGAGGAUACUAGCUCUCGGCCAAUGAGAAGAGAGGAUCGAGUCCUCUCUUCUCAUUCAUGUUGGAAAGGGGACUGUUUGUUCUUCUGUAUUCCUCGUCUCCAGUUAGCUUAGCAUGAAGACGCCGGCCCCUACGAGUGCAAUCUCAAACUUUCAGACUUUCUAGCGUCCCUUGAACGCAUCACGACGACCGAGUGCUUCGCAUGUCGGUAAAUUUACAUUUAAACAAAUUUCAGCAACAAACUCUGUGUUAGCUCUCCUGUUAGCACCGAGCUAAAGGCGCUUCCCGUUAGCCUCCCGUUAGCCUCCAGUGCCUUACGUUCGCUGCUUUUUAGCCUCUUUGUUUUAUCUCUUCAGUUUUCUCUGUAAUGUUGGGACUUUUCUAUAUUAAAUAAACUUUGGUUCAGAU